AUGCAGGGGAAUAUCUUUGCACGCCUAUUCGAACGCGUGGCGUCUGUGCCGCAUCGAAACAUUACAUUUGUGCCGUAUGGUGAGUGGUUUGGGCUCUACGUUCAAGCAUUGAAGGGUGCGCAAAAGAGUGCAGUAACGUCAGGUGGCAAGGAGGAAUUGCGUUUGGCGCGGCGUGCUCUGGAUGUGGCUCUUUUGAGUAGUGUCUUCUCCCAAAAGUGGACAGAUGUUAUGCUUCCCAACGGGAGCAGCAGCACGACGACCACAGCAUGGUGCCAGGAGAGCACGGAGGCGGGGUGGCUUCUUCCUUCAAGCACGAUUCAUCGACGGGAACUUUUGAUGACAUCCUUUCUUGUUGAGCCGUUGUUGGCUGGUCGAGCCAUCGCCUCAUGGACGGCGGCAGUGAGAAAAGGGGACGCCUUCCCCGCGACGGCAGGGGAGGGGGCAGCGGCACACGGGGAAGCACCAGCUCCCACGGGGAUGGUAGUGAUACCGUUCACAGCACUGUUCCAGCUAAGGUGGGAGGCUUAUUUGUGUCAUUCGACCUUUUCGGCGGGUGGGGAAGGGAAAAAAAUACCGCAGAAUUCUUUUUCCCUUCAGGAACGCAGUGCUCGUUUAACAGCUUUGCAAUCCCUACACCACCUAAUGGAGUUGCAGUCGGAUAGUAAACGUAAGUCGCGUGUUCAAUUUGUAGUUUGGAGUCCUGUCAAUGAAUUUGAUGCCGUUAUGCGUGUCUCUCAAGUACGUGCGGGUCUGCCAGAAGCCCUGAGGAGCCUCUUUUCCCUGACGCAUGUCUGCGAGCAGGAAUUGGUGCGGGUUGCCUAUCUUGCGCAUUACUUCAAUUUUGCCACAAAGCGGACGCCAUUGACGGUGUUAGCCCCGCAAAUGCAAACCGCAAAGCUGCAUCUGCUGGGAUUAAAGAAUUGUUGUGCAAAGAGUCAAUUGAGGUUUGUGGAGGAGGGGGAGCAGCAUCGCACUUGUGGUGACCCAAACGGUGUAUCACUGCAUCAACAAGCCGUGAGCAGAUGUGGGAGGCUUGCACGGCGCAUGUCGACGCGUGAAGAAAACCUGAGAAAUAUCCUUAUUCCAUGA